UGAGAGAGAGAGAUAGAGAGAGAGGGGGGGGAAGAGACAGAGAGGGAGAGCGAGAGCGAGAGAGCAGGGUGCAGCGUUGCCACCAACAGGACUGGAUUCAAAAAAUAUAAAUAUAAAUCAAGAUCAAAAGAGCAAAGCAGGAGGACAAACACUGGGUUUCUCUCUUUGUAGCCUCGGACACACGGAUCCUCCACGUUGGUGCUUUUCAAUGACUGUUUGAGGAGAGAAGCGGACAAACGUGUCCCCGCUGAGGACGGGACCUCUGAGGCUCAGCGACAACAAUGCACCGCGUCCCCACCGGGAGACCACUGCUGGAUCACACACACACACACAUAUACAGACAAACACACACAGACACACACAAACACACACACACACACACGUGUGAUCGUGGCGUCUUCUCCGUGUUUACUUGUUGAGACAAGUGUCUGUUAGAGUCUGAGCCCGCGAUGCCUGCGCGGAGGAACAGGUACAACCUGGUGGACGAUGUGGCGGACUCGAGGCUUCCGCUGCACAACGAGGAGGCGUAUCAACACGGGAUCUCCUUCCAAGCCAAGUACGUGGGAAGCCUCGACGUGCCCAGGCCCAACAGUCGGAUGGAAAUUGUGGCGGCCAUGAGGAGAAUCAGGUAUGAAUUCAAGGCGAAGAACAUCAACAAGAAGAAAGUGAGCAUCGUGGUGUCUGUGGACGGAGUUAAAAUCCUACUGAGGAAGAAACAGAAGAGGAAAGAGUGGACAUGGGAUGAGAGCAAGCUGCUGAUCAUGCAGGAUCCCAUAUAUAGGAUCUUCUACGUGUCUCAUGACUCCCAGGACUUAAAGAUCUUCAGCUACAUCGCACGAGAUGGCUCCAAUAACUCCUUCAGAUGCAACGUGUUUAAAUCCAAGAAGAAGACGCAGGCCAUGCGUAUAGUGCGGACGGUGGGUCAGGCCUUCGAGGUGUGCCACAAGCUCAGUCUGCAGCACGCUGAGCAGGAUGCAGACGGACAGGCCGAUGGGGAGAGUGACAAAUCAACAGAGGAGCCCAGCAGUGAUGGGCGUAAGCUGACGGGAGCAGAGCAAGGGGAGGAAGAGGAGGAGGGCAAACGCGGAGGAAGACGAGGAGAGGAUUCUUUGGCCGGCACUUCGCUGUGUGAAAAGGCCGUCAGUGAUAUUCUGCAGAGUCUGGCUGAACUGAAUGUGGUGAAACCUGGACAGACCAUCAUGGACUUGGAUCGACGGUCCGUCUUCACUGUGACGUCUCAAGGCAUCACUCCCAGCAGCCCUUGCUCUUCGUCUCUCACUCCGCUGGCGUCGCAGCACUUCCUGCAGCUUCUUCAGCAGCAGCUGCAGCAGCAGCAGCAACAGACACAGGUGGCCGUCGCACAGGUGCAGCUGUUGAAGGAUCAGAUGGCAGCAGAGACCGCCGCCCGUAUGGAGGCUCAGGCCCGCGUGCACCAGCUGCUGCUGCAGAACAGGGACCUGCUGCAGCACCUGGCGCUGCUCGUGCAGCAGCUGAAAGAGCUGGAGACCAGUUCCCCAAAGACGGCACAACCAGAGCCGCCCCAGCGGGAGCCUCAAGAGAACGGACACAAUGAUCAGCAGUCAUCCGUCUCUACAUUAGCAAACUCCCUGUCUCUAAAUCUGAAGAAUCACUACAACCAGACCUCGGACCAGCUCAUCACCUCCACGCCGGCAUGGCAGCUGCAGACCUCCCUCACGCAGGUGGACUGCGCCGAGUCCUACCUCAACCUGCUCAACCUGGAGAGCUGCGGCACGUCGGCCGCGUCGAUCAACGGGAGCCUGGACCCGUUCAUCAGGGCCAACGGGGCGGCGGAGGACAAGGAGAGGUCCUGCAAUGAGAUCGUCCCGUUCACAUCGAGGAACUCUGACAACAUGGAUGAGAAGUAA